CCCCGCGGCUCGGGGCGGGGCGGCGGGCGGGGCGGCGCGGCCCGGCCGGGGCAGCCGGCGCUGCUGGAAUUGGAGCCUGCGGAGCCGGGCGGCGGCGUGUCCCGGAGCCCUCGGGAGUCGCCGGGCUGCGCUCCCGCUCAUCGCCAUGGAGAAGUACAAAGCUCUCGAGCAGCUGCUCACAGAACUUGAAGAUUUUCUGAGGAUACUGGACAAGGAGAACUUGAGCAGCACUGCUGUGGUGAAGAAGAGCUUCCUCUCUGACCUUCUGAAAGUCUACACCAAGUCCAGUGGUGGUGAUGAGGAGUAUAUUUACAUGAACAAAGUGACAGUCCAUAAACAGCAGGGUGACCAAGAGAAACAAGACAAAGUGCUGGAUCGGAAGAACUCCCUGACCAAUGGAGACUCAGGACUGCAUUUGUCACCCCCUCAGAAGAGCCUGCCAGACCUCCCCCCUCCAAAGAUUCUCGAAACAAAACAACCACCAGUCCCCAAGAUUGAAUCCCCAGAGGGAUAUUACGAAGAGGCUGAGCCCUAUGACAUCUCUGUAAAUGGUCUUUUUGGUAGGCUUGCUGCGGCUGGACCCAGGCCAGGGUUGCAGGUUACUGAGGGAGUUAUUUAUGCCACAAUAACUAUGGAAGAUGGUGAAGCUGUUAGUAGUUCCUACGAAUCUUACGAUGAGGAAGAGAGCAGCAAAGGCAAGUCAGCAACCCAUCAGUGGCCAUCCCCAGAGGCCACCAUUGAGCUGAUGAAGGAUGCCCGCAUCUGUGCCUUCCUGUGGAGAAAGAAGUGGCUGGGACAGUGGGCAAAACAACUGUGUGUUAUCAAGGACACCAGGUUGCUGUGCUACAAGAGCUCCAAGGACCACAACCCCCAGCUGGAUGUGAAUUUGCUGGGCUGCACAGUCAUUCACAAGGAAAAGCAAGUGAGGAAGAAAGAGCACAAGCUGAAGAUCAUCCCCACAAAUGCUGAUGUCAUCGUGCUGGGGCUGCAGAGCAAGGACCAGGCAGAGCAGUGGCUCAGGGUAAUCCAAGAGACCAGUGGUCUGCUCUGUGAAGGAGGCAGUGAAGGCAAUCAGUACAUCCCAGACUCGCAGCGCCUCAGCUACCCAAAGGUGGAGGUGUCUGAGAGAUACUCUGCAGCCUCCGAGAGCGGGAGCAGCACCGACGGCCACGCGGAGACUGCCGAGGCAAAAGAUGUUAAGAAGAAAGGCACAACUGGCCUGAAACUGAGCAACCUGAUGAACCUCGGGAGGAAGAAGUCCAGCUCCCUGGAUAGCCCAGAGAGAUCCCUGGAGACUUCAAGUUACCUGAAUGUGCUGGUGAACAGCCAGUGGAAGUCACGGUGGUGUCAGAUAAAAGAUGGGCACCUCCAUUUCUACCAGGACAGGAACAGAAGCAAGCUGGCUCAGCUGCCCCUGAGUCUGGCAGGUUGUGAGAUCAUCCCAGAGCCCAGCCCUGAUCAUCUUUACUCCUUCCGCAUCCUGCACAACGGGGAAGAACGGGUUGUUUUGGAGGCAAAGUCCUCAGAGGAAAUGGGCCACUGGCUGGGCCUCCUCUUGUCGGAGUCAGGCUCCAAAACAGACCCAGAGGAAUUUACCUACGAUUACGUGGAUGCUGACAGGGUGUCCUGCAUUGUGAGCGCUGCGAAGAAUUCCUUCUUCCUAAUGCAGAGGAAAUACUCUGAGCCCAAUGCCUACAUUGACAACCUCCCCAAGGGCAGGGUGCAGCAGGACGAGCUCUACGACGACGUGGACCUGCCAGACCUGCCUGUGGAAGAAGUGCCCAAGGGUGAGAGCAAACUGGAGGGGGAUCAAGACCGAGUGUAUCUGGAUCUCACCCCAGUGAAGUCCUUACUACACUGUGCUGGCAAGAUGUCAUGCCAGUCUUCCCCCCUCGGCUCACCAUCUCUAGAGAGGGCUGCCAACAAGGCUGCCCCCGAGAGCACAGCUGAGACAGCCCCCACGGCCAAGGAAGCUGAGCCCUGUGCUAAGGCAGCAGAGACCUCGGAGCAGAAACACCCAGAGAAGCCAGAGCCUGAGCAGGCUGUGCCACAGGUGCCUGCUAUCAAAAUCCAGACCCAGCAGCAGAGCACUGUGGUCCCCGAGGUGCCAGGGGGCCCAGUUCCAGCGGGCAGUCCCCAGCUGCUGCCUGCACACCGGCCCAAGAUGCCCCUGCCAGCAGCAGCAGUGGAAACCAAGCUGGGCAAGAACAGGACAGAGGCCGAGGUGAAACGGUUCACGGAGGAGAAGGAACGGCUGGAGAAGGAGAAGGAUGAAAUCCGAGCUCAGCUGACCCAGCUGCGCAAGGAGAGACGGGAGCUGAAGGAAAUGCUUGGGGGCAGCACAGACAAGAGCCUGGAGCAGAGGCUGAAGGAGAUAGACGAAGAAUGCAAAAGGAAGGAAAGCCAGAGGGUGGACCUGGAGCUGAGCCUGGUGGAGGUGAAGGAGAACCUGAAGAAGGCAGAAUCUGGCCCCGUGACACUGGGCACAGCAGUGGACACCACACACCUGGAGAACACAGCCCCAAGGGUUCAGGCAAAAGGUGCCAGUCCAGCAAACAGUGCAGAGAACUCACCGGUGAACUCAGCAACGGCUUUAAAAAACCGGCCCUUAUCUGUUAUGGUCACGGGGAAGGGAACAGUCCUACAGAAAGCUAAGGAAUGGGAGAAAAAGGGAGCUAGUUAGAAGCUCAUUGUACAGAGACGGACUAAAGACUCGAAUUGCCCACGCAUGGCCCAGGGGAUUCAACCAUCUGUGGUGGAGGUUGGGUGUUCAGCACCACCACACACCAAGUGCCUCCUCCACGUCGCGCCCGCGGCUCAGACGCAGCGCUGGAGCCCGCAGCUGCUGACACGAGUUACCCCUCAUGAACCUGCUCUUUCCAGACAAAUCCCAAUCACGUAGCUAAAAUGAUAACAACCAGUGGCAAUCCUUCCAUCAAAGUCCUAACCCAGCUGAUGUAAACAAGAAUGUUACUGUACAUAGGGGGUGUUUUGUGUAUUUCUACUCUGAAGGUUUAUCAAUGAGUUAUUAAGGUUUCUAUAUUAGUGACUGUAGUGGAUUCAGAAGGAACCUCUGCUGUUCCUCAGCCUGGUGGGUUUGUACCUGUCCUGAUAAAUAGGAAUCAACUAAAGUUGUCAACCUGUCUUGCUGCCAGUCAUCACUCAGCUGCAUUUCAUCCAGCCUUCAGCCAAGGGCUAUCCCAUACAUGAGCAAUUCUUCAGACAUGAGUGAGAAGCACACAGCAGCCUGUCCAGGGCAUUUUUAAUCAGUGCCCUGAUGCAUUCCAGCAUCUCCUACCAGCUGCAGGUUUGCUAGAAUAUUGAGCUGCUCACCUUCUCGUGCUGUAAGCUGUGUUACAGACUGGCAGCACCAAGAGCUCUGAGCAAAGAAGACCUCCAGGCAGAUUCAGUUAGCUUUCUUGAAGAUCUUACUUCACCUGAGGAGUUUAUUCUGAAAAAAAAAAAAAAAAAAAAAAGAAAUAAAAAAAAAAAGAAAAAAGUAAUAUUGGAGGGCUUGCUCACCUGUUUCAUGGGAAAGCUGGAUCCCAGUGCAUCCUUCAGGGAUCCCCUUUCCCAAGUGAGGGGAGGUAAAGCAGUCCCCAUGCUGUGACGGUGUCUGAUCCUCACAGAGCUGCAGCUGAAGCCAUCCCUCUGCCCCUGUGUCCCUCCCCACUGCAGUAAGGCUGCACUGCCAGGGCUCUGCUGGACGUCUUGGUGCUGUCACCCUUAUUUCCUGAUAAUUAAUACAGCCUUUGGGCCCUGGCAGUAUGGCCCACAAAGCCCACCCCUCUCUGGCCUAGCCAAGCUCUCUAAUGAAAGAGGUUGGAGAUUUGGAACAGCUAAACUUCAAGACACUGAAAUUUGAAGGGUGGCAGUGGGUUUUGAGAAAUCUAUGCACUCCUCCCCUCCCCGUAACCUGCUGACACGUGUCAUGGCCUGGAGACAUUUCUUCCUGUCUCCUCUGAGGGCCCUUCAGACCCAGGCUCAGGAGCUGGGUUGACUGGGUGGGCUGGAGCUGUUCUAACCCUACAGAGUUAAAGCAGCACCAGUUCCCAGGAUGGGUUGUCUCUGGGGUCCUGUGGCUACACCAAAGCCAAGGUAAAGGCAGACAGGAAAAAUCUUUUGUACCUUCCUCACUCCUGAAAAUAUUUGGCAGGCCUGAGACCUCCUCUAAAGGGCUGUUCUUUCUUCACACAAAGGCCAAACAGCCAGUGGGAGCACAGGGCUGAUACCCAGAGCUGGUGCUGGCAUUGGGGUGAGUGAGAAUGGCCUGACAAGGACCACAGAGCCAGGGAGCAACAAAACACCUGGUCAGGGUAUCCUGGAAGCAAGAAAGGUGACUGUGCUCCCAUUUUUUUUACCCUUUAGUUUCCACUGUGGUGCAGAUGUAGGAAUUGCUAAUGCCAGGCCUCUGGAGCCUCAGCUGGCAGGUUGGCCCUGUGCAAGGUUUUGCACAUAGGAAAAAAUCAUGCAAAUAAACUGCUGACUUAUGGUUCAGGAUCCUGGGGACUUCCUUCUCCAGAGCACCAGAAAGCCACAGACUCCAUGAAGCUUUUGUUUUGGCCCAUGAUGAGCUGGCAAGAGCCCCUCUCUGUGCCCUGAAUACCCGUGACACCCCACUGUCAUCCUCCAGGAGUUGUCCAGACAUUUCACAGUGCUACUGAGACAGCCGUGGACAAGAGCAGCUCUGCUUGCCCCUUCACAGCCCAGUCAGCCUCAGUGCUCCUGCUGGGAUGGCUCCAUGAGGGAAUGGUAAACAUAGGCAGGUCCUGAAGGACACACUUUCCCCAAACAAGAAAUGUUAAACAAUGUCUCUGUGUCCCCAUUGUUUUCCUAACUCAAGGCAUUUCCUUUGUUGUAACUGUGACCUAUAAAGUGGCGCUUUAGAGGGUUUUAUAAUAAAAUGUUGAGUAUAUUAUGUUA